AUGGUCCGUCGACGCAAGACGGCGGCUUCCAGGCGUCGUCUCCCGCCGCCGCUGGUCAAGCGCGUCCUGCUCCACCUCUUUGCCCCGGACGUCGAGCUCCCCUCGCACGCGCUCCCUCUCCUGUGGACCUGGGUUCAACUGUUCGACCCGACCGCGCUCUCGUCCCUGCGCGCCGUCGAGCUCCCCGGCGGCGGCAAGCCCGGUCGCGGCCUCGGCAAGAACACCGAGACGCUCCAUGUCGCGUCCUACGACGACACGCAACACGAUCUCGACGACCUGCGCUUUGCCAUCGAGGCGAUGCCCAACCUCGAGGACCUGCGCUGCCACUUGGCCCGCCAGCAGGGCAACGUCACUCCCAUCUUUGCCUUCAGCGAGCUCAAGAAGCUCCGUCACCUCAUCCUCGCCAGCACCCCGCUCGACGCCUCGUUCCCCUCGAUCUGCCGACCCAUCUUCCGCAACCUCGUCGACCUCACGCUCAACCAGGUCGUCGUCAACGAGGACGAGCUCGUCGGGCUCCUCAACCACGAGACGUUCCCGGCCCUGCGCCACCUCAACGUCGCCCACCUCCUGAGCCAUGACGACGAGCCCUACUUCCCCGACAUCUCUCGGUCGUUCUUCUGCCAGCUCGACGUCGUCCAGGUGCACAACUGCGAGCUCGGGGUUCUCGUCCCCGAGUGGAUGACGACCCAGUGCCGCGUGCCGGUCGCCGUCGAGCUGCACAGCUUUGGCCGCGCGAUCGAGAACUCGUGGUCGCGGUGCCACCACGUCGUCGUGCGCAACUUUGCAACGUUCGGCUCCUUCUUUGCCGAGUCGAGCAUCCGCCAGGCCCUGCCCGACGUCAUCCUCGCGGUCCAAGCCGUCGAGGGGCUCGUCCGCCUGCCGCACCCCGGCCUCCUCACCCUGUACCUCCCGUGGGACUUUGACGAGCGCAUGCACCCGAUCCAGAGCCACCCGGGCACGUCGAACCUGCGCCGAGCGCGCCAGUCGCUCCUGCGCGCCUGCACGGCCAAGGGCGUGCGCAUCAAGUGGCGCGCGAGCAAGGACCUGAGCGGCUCGCCCAUCAUGUGCCCGCGCGUUUCGUCGACCGUCGUCGACGACCGCAACGAGGUCCAGCACGAGCUGCGGCUGCGCGCGCGCCGGACGGGCGUCGGCGAGGACCACGAGGUGUACGAGCUCACCGAAUCGUCGGGCGAGGAGUGCUGCACGAGCUCGGACGAGUCAGGCGAGGACGAGGACGACGAGGACGACGACGCGUCCGGUCGAGAGCAGCAGGAGGAGCGGGAGCCGGGGCCGUUGGACGACCUCACCGACGCCGAGUGCGCCAUGAUUCUACGGUCCCUUGACGUCCGCGUCAACCCAGACGGGACGCGUGCGUCAAUGAUCAUUUAG